CAUCUCCGUGAUUCCCCCAACGUGCGGUGCGUCAGCAGUCUGUUUUCAGAUUAUCUGAUACUUGUCUGUACUUGUAUGCAACGUUACAGCAUAUAAUACUGUUGAACAGUUAGGAGUGGUUGUAAGAAUACCAAACUGCGAAAAAUUAGAAUGGCGUCUGUGGCGACAGGGUGGAGUUUUCCGGAAGAUUCGAUGUCCUGUGGGAUCUGUCUACAGCCGUUCAAACUGCCAAAAAUCCUACCGUGCGGACAUACCUUCUGUGAAGAGUGUCUCGUGGAGGCAGCUAGAGGGGGUCUUCGCUGCCCCACCUGCCGCAAUGUUGUACCGAUAAAGGGUGGCGUCGCAGCCUUACCCAACAACUACCAAGUCGCAGAAAUGUGCCAGAAGUUCUCCGAGCUAGCAGCCGCCCGGGAUGCCACACAACAGUGGGACGCUGCCUGCAAAAAUCAUCCGACAGAGAAGCUCCGACUCUUCUGUCAAACCUGCGAGGAACCUGUCUGCAACGAGUGCCUGGACGACAGCGCUCACAGAGGCCACAAGAACGUCAUCACGGUCAAACAAGCAGUCGAGGAAAGGAUGGCCACCGUCACUCCCUUGCUGAAGGAGAAGAAGCGACAGAUGGAAGAACACCGCGAGUACCUGGAGAAACUCACCGAUCUCGAGGAGCAAGUCAACGAAGUCAAGAGUCAAGACGAGCAAGCUAUCACCGACUUGUACGAAGAAAUGGCGCGGCUGCUUUCAGAAAACAAGGAGGAACGUCUAGCCAUCAUUCGUGAUCGCUACGAGAACAACAUGACAAUCAUAAACGAGCGUAAAAGCGAGGUGCAACAGCAGCUACAAGAAAAUGACAACGUCUACAAGGAUGUGGAACAGGCCAUAGAGAACACUGGGAUCGCGUUUCUCAGUGAUGAGCCAGAAGAGCUUCGGAAGCUUGCACAGAUCUGUGUGGACCCCCUGCUUGUUCCCUUGAAGGUCACGGCCAUCGUGUUCCGUCCAGGCGUGAUGAAUAGAGGACAGCUGACCAUCGGGAGUCUGGGAACGCAAGAGUUUUCCAUAGAUACUCCGUGGAAGACUGGUCCUCAGUUGGAAAGGCGUGCUCGUAUGGAAGAAACAAAGAAGAAGACGAGGAGACCACUAUCCCUCUCAUGGCGACCGAAACACCUGAAACAGUUGCUGAAUGAUUCUUUUUUGUCUUCAAAAUGACUGAGAAUACAUGAUUGAUAUUGACAGAAAUGGUGUUAUAAAAUGCCAAGCAUUGUACCAUGAUGACGAGGUAACUAAUAAUUUUUUCCACAAGUGUGUAGUAGAUAAUUCAGAUGAACUUUAUUAGUAAGGGAACGUUUAAUGUAAUCUGUACAUAUUCA